GGCCUGUUCCGAACCGGUCCGGAACUGAAUUGGAUUAGCUCAAAGCCGGUGUGAUGUAAAUAGCUUUCAUAGGUAGCCUAGGGGUCAGGCAUUUUAGUCGGUAGUAACUUGGCGAAGAUUUUGUACGCAUCUUUAGCUUUCUUGGUAAUCGCUACAGAAAAUACAAAUGAACGAACACAAAUAUAUGUGGAAUCACGCAGGAACUGCGCUUUUAAUUUCGAUUUGGUCGGAUAGUUCGGUUCAAAAGCAACUUCGAGCUACUCUCAGAAAUCAACCUAUAUGGGAUGGUGUUGCGCGAUGUAUGAUGAGGAAGGGAUUUCGCGUAAAUGGGAAACAAUGUCGUACGCGAAUAAAAAAUAUUCUUGUUCGCUACAGAGAAGUAAAGAAAACUGGGAACUUUAAUGGCAGUGGCAUUGAAUCGUUUUACAAUGAUGUUGAUCGUGUGAUGACAGCUAGAAACCUGCAGGCAUCUACAGGUACUUCUUCUCGUGGUGGGCCAUCCACAGAUCCAUUGGGAUUGGUGGAGCAAAAAUACAGCAAUCAACAUUCCAAGGAAUUUAUUAAACAAGAAAUGGUGCAAGUGAAUAUCAAAGCGGAACAAAAUUCUCCGCCGACUAUUUCAGGUAAUGACAGCGUACAAGAAUUACAAGAUUUCUCUCAGGAUUCUACCAAUCAGCAGCAGUUUUUCCAUGCUGUUGAUGUAAUGCUGGACGAUGACCAAUCUUCCUCUUCCAUACAUAUGACGUCAUCUACAGCGCGUCGUUCGCCUUUGUCACUCCUCCAAUCAGAUGACACAACAGUAGCCCAAGAUAAUGAGAUACAUCUUGUGCAAGAUAAUGGUCAUCCAUCUCUACAACGGAGUUCACUACAUUCUGGCUCCCACUCCAGGAAUGGUGCGAGGUUAACAAAUCAGUAUUCCCGCCGAAGUACAAUGCUCCGACUGGAACGGCUAGUCAUGCGUGCAAUUCGUGCUCAAAGUGAUGCUGUUACAAAGAUUUUAAAUGUUCAGAGUGAGUUGUUCACACGAAUGGUGGAAGCUGACAGAGAGCGACAAGCAAGAAUAGAAACUAAGCUGGAUCGUUUAAUUGAACGACUGGAUCAGAGUUUGUCUUCAGUAUCAGCACCAACAGCAGCCAAUAAAUCAGUUGAGAUAAACAGAGAACAAGAUGCACAAAUGAAUCAACUUUUAAACAGACUUGACUGGGCUAUAACUCCAUCUGUACGUCCUACAGCUGUUUCAAGGCAGCUGGAAAUAAGCAAUAGAAUUCAAGAAACAAAACUAGACAGUCUUCUAGACAAACUAGACAGAUUAUUACCAGCUCUGAAUCCACAGGCAUUAAAAGGUCAACAUACAAGAGAGCAACUGCCAGAGCAGAUAUAAGUCAUACACUACACUAGAAUGUUGGUUUUGAGUGGCUUUAUUAGGUUUUAUCUUUACGGGGUCCGCAGUGGCCACGCGGUCUGAGGUGUGGGGCUUGUGCCGCUUGGUCACUGGGACCGUGGGUUCGAAUCCCACUCAAGCCAUGGAUGUUUGUCCGCAUUUUUCUGUGUUGUGCUGUCCUG